UCCGGCCGUCGCUCGCUCCGCCCCCUAUCGUCUGCCAUGCAACGGCGGCGGGGAUUGGGCGGCGUCGCGGAGUGCCACAUGAGAGCGCGGCCGCGAUUGGCAGCGGCGGCGGCGGGAAGGCGGACCGACCAAUCGCGUGCCAUGUUUAUCGUCUGCUGGCUCUCAGUAGUGCAAAUGGAGUGAGGAUGAUCGUGUGUCGGGGGACGGCCGCUCGUGGAAUUGACGCAGCAAAAUGGGCGACCGAGCCAGGGGCCUCACCAUCGACGGCGUGCGGCUCAUCAAGGACCUCAAGGUGGUCGAGCUCAAGGCCGAGCUAGAGCGCCGAGGCCUAUCCAAGUCGGGCAGCAAGAAGGAACUGGUGGAACGUUUACGGAGUAGUGUACAAUUUGAAAACACAAAGUCCAAGGCAACAGCUGCUAUAAGUGAGGAGGAAGUUCCCAAUAGAUGGUUGCAAAAUGAAGCCAACUUAGACAACGACUUUAUCCGCGAAUAUUUUCAGUCCCAGCAGGCCCUCUACAGGCAGCAAAUUGAAGCUAGAAGACAGUAUAGAGAAACCAGUGGAGAAGGGGCAGCGCCAUCAACUCCAGCAGCGGCUCUGCCCUCAGUCCAACAGGCGGCUCUUGGGGGCCCUCAGCAACCAGGCAAAGCCACUCCCUCAUCCCACAGCACCCCUCCAGCAACUUCAUCAACAGCAGCAGCUGGAGGAGGAGGAACAGCCAGUGUUGGCAGAGUGCACACACAUCCUGUGAGCAAAACUACUCCAGAUUUAACUGCAAAAGCAAGCUCAGGUCCUGCUCACAAACCAUCCCCAAGCCCCUCUGUCAGAACCUCCUUAGCUGCUGGCGUAACCUCACUGUCAUCUGGCGGACAAGCACCAGCGGCUAAAGAGGGUGCUGCAAAGGCUUAUGCAAACACAUUGGUUGGUACACCUCGUUUAACUAGUGGCGAAACCUCGGUACCUCUGACCACUCGAACACCACCUAGAGAAAAACCACAGACUCAACUCACCAUUAAGGUUAAAUUAAAGAAUGAUGCAACAGCAGUAACCACCCCACAAACACCCUCAACAUCAUCAAGUUCCAGUAGACCUAGUAGAAGUUCAGCACGUGCUGCUCGAGAGCUCAGUAGAGUCUCGCUCGAAGACUCAGAGGAGGAGGAUGACUCUGAGGGAAGGGAGGAGCGUCAGCCACCUGUGAGGCGUUCCAGGAAGCGCUCAGCGCGGCACUCGCAGACCCCAGAGGAUCCUGACUUUGUUGCAGCUGGCACCAGCCACUUGAGCAGUCCCCCGAGCAGUGAUCUCAAAGACAGAGUGCCGUCUCUUAGGAUUAAGUUACCUGAACCUGUGCCUAAUGUGAAUUUAAGUGUUUCAACAACAGUUGAUGAAAAACCAAAGAAAAGAAUAGAGAGUGUAUCUAUUAAUAGGAAAGAACCUAAUAGUUUAUUGGAUGCAAAGUGCAGACGCCCUGUUCAUAGCAUUAGGAAGCACGUGAAUGACCCUCCACAAGACAUUGAAGGCUCGCUCAACAGAGAGACCUUAGUACCUGAUGUAAGUGUUAGAUCCGCCGGUGAUAAUCUGAAAAAUCCAUGUCUUCAGGAAGGACCGAAACCCCCAGGGAAAAGCGGAGGCAGUGUUGGUGAUUCCAAGAACUUGAAAGAUACAUCGGUCAAACCUGAUUCUCCUGUGCCAUUAGACUGGUUGAAAAGAUCGGUAAGGACUAACCCUAAAAAACACGAACCCAGUGAGGCCGGUUCAAAUUCACAGGGACCAGACUAUGCAAGUUUACAACCAACGGUUUCGCUGAGACGUAUAGAGGCUGUUCCCAGCACAGAGAGACAAAUUGCCAAAGAUGAACCAGUAGUGAGUCCUGUUAGCUUGAGUUGGAAAAGCCCAAGUGCUAGUGAGAGUCAAGAACCAGAAAGAAAAGCAGAAAGAGAAAGUUCUACAAGGAGAGAGAGUACGAGAAAUCAGUUAGAAAGCAAAACUGGAAAUAAACUAAGUGCAGAGGAAAGAUUAGAGGCUUACAGUUCCAUAACUGUAUCAAAAGUUGAUACUCUAAAAAGAAAAGAACCAAGUGAUUUGAAUACCAGUAAAGAAGUAGAGUCGUCAACAUUAAGAACACUCCUUACAGCUGAAAAUAAAGAUAUUGUUUUAGUAGCAAACAAAAACAAAUCUGCAGCUGUUGAUGCACAAGACCAGCCUGACCAGAAGCAUUUGCCCAGUUUGAAAAGUCCUCAACAGAGAUCAAAAAGCACAGAAGACCUAGGUGUUAGUGCAUUAAGUUUGGUAAUAGUGCCCCCAGCAGAGAGUUUGUCCAGCACCAAGCAGAGUGUAGGAAAAACCGUUGGGGAAACUCAAGUUAAAACUGUGAUAUAUGAGUCCAGUGAUCCAGAAUGGAAAACUGAUAGUACAAAGCCACAUUCUGAUUGCAAAUUCUCAAAAGAAACUGCCGAAAAGAAGGAACCUGACAAACACAGUCAGGUUGCUCAAGACGUCACUCAAGGGCCAAAUGUUAAAAGGGACCCCAGUGUUAUAGAGGAAAAUUCAAAACCAGGGGUUGAAUGUAGCACUUCAGGUGGAACAGCAGGUGCAUCUGGACACAAGGCAGCUAGUCUACCAACUGGUCCACUCAAAACAAAGAUCUGGGAAAAGUUGCUGACAACAGCACAGAAGAAAGGAGACGUUUCCAAAGACACCCCGAAAGACUCAACCAAAAAGGAGGAAAAAGAAGAAACUUCUCUUCAAGUUCAGCAGACUGACCAGCACAUUAAAACAGAAACUGAUGUAAAGAAAGAGUUUGAUAAAGAUCAACAGACUACAAAUGAGACUUGCUCUGGCCAAGGAACUGAAAGCUUAGAGAAGUCAGGUGAACAUCACGCUCAAGCCACAGAUGUGAAGGCAGUUGUGAUAACCAACACCCAGAUAACUGAAGCUGAGCACAAACCUGGUGAGUUGCUAGAGAAGAGCACCAGAAAAGGAAGUCUCAAAAGUGAGAAAGGAGAUGCUGUCCAAGAAACCAGCACAAAGGAAGAACUGAAAGAGAGUUCAUUAUCUGGACCUGUGCAGGUGCCCCAGAAGGAUACCUUUACUUCAGAAACCAAAAGGGAAAUAGUUCCUGAAACCUCAAAAGCUCCUGUAGUAAAUACUCUUGGCAAACCAGCACCUGUUGCAAAAUCAAAAUUGAUUCCAAAUUUAAAAACAUCUGUUACUGUUUCAACUGCAAGUGAAACUCCAGCCUCUACAAGUUGGAGAAAGGAAACUGUUUUUAAGAUAGAGGAGACUGAACCAGCUUUACAAGAGGAAGGCAAGGCAGUUGCCCCAUCUAAACAAGAAAAAUUAGGGGAAGCCAGGAAGGAACCUAAAAACGAAAGCACAGAUAUCCAGAUCCAUAGAAAAACUGUUGAACCAGUUACUGACAAGCCUCUCAAGGAAGAGCAGACUCUUCCAGAUUCAUCAGAUUCAGAUAAAAGAGAGCAGUCUGAAAAAGGUCAGACAAGCAAGAGCAAAUGGAAUAAAGCCUCCAAAGAAAGUACAUCUGAACAGGAAGCAGACACAGAGAAGAAGCCAGACUUAGAAUCACAACCAGUCCCCACAACAUCACCAGUUGCAGAAAAGUUACUGCCUCCAGUUGCAAAUAGAUCACAGGCUGAUAGCAAGAGUUGGCUACAACCUGAUCCUAAAGUUGAACCUCCAGAGAAGAUAACCAGUGUUGAAUCAACCAAGCUUUUGGAAGACAGAGGAAAGUUUGCCUCUUGCCCAGCCAAUACAAAGGAUCAGCAGGUAAACCCAUCUGUAGAGAGCAAGGAACAAAUUGACCCUGAGCCUUGCAAGGAAUCUAAUGUGUCCCAGGAACUGAGUUUUGUAAAAGUAGGAAAACUUGAGAGCAAAACUGAAAAGCCACUGCCUACAGAUACCAGCUUAAAAGAAGCAGAGGAAAAGGCAGAAAGUCAGCCAUUUGGUCACAACCUAAACAAAGUAAAUGUCUCAAGCAGUGAGAAGGAGAGAUCGCAGAUAGUGAUUAGUACAGAAGAAAAGAUUAAUGAAAUACCUGUUUCAAAGCAACACAAGUUUUUAGCAUUUGAAACUUCUAAGAAAAAAGGAACUGAUUUGGGAGAGCUAGCAAGUAUUGAGAAAGAUCAGACACAUCAAGGUACGACUGUAAGUCCAAGAAGCCAAAUAACCGAGUUUAAAGAAGAUCCAACUACAAAAGUCAAAGUAGAGGAUACGGAAAAGGAACCAGUCUCAACUUCAGAUCGCACGCAUACUAAGAGUGAACACUCGCACUUAAACAAAGUUUCAGGUGUGAAAGAUCCUGUUUCCAAUGAAUUAAAGACUUCUGAAAACACUACAGUUUCCUCAAGCAAAGAUACACUUGAGAGAGAAGAACCAGUCCCUGCAGACAAAGUUGAUCUCCCUAAGAGAGAAGAACCAGUCCCUGCAGACAAAGUUGAUCUCCCUAAGAGAGAAGAACCAGUCCCUGCAGACAAAGUUGAUCUCCCUAAGAGAGAAGAACCAGUCCCUGCAGAGAAAAGUGAUCCACAUCUCACAAGCAAAGUAAUAAGCAGCAAGGAAGUACCAGCACUAUCAAGCAAACUUUCAGCAAUCAAAGCUGGAAGUAGUGACCAAGAUCCAUCAUCUGUAAUAGAAGUUGCAUCUUGUGUGACAGAUUUCACUACUGAAAAGUCAGAAAGUGAGAAGAAAACUGGUUUCACUUCAGAAGAUUCUGUUGUAAAAGACCCAACUGUAACAUCUGAUAGUGAGAAAGAAUCGCCUUUAACAGCUAACGCUUCCAGCUGGGAAAGACCGCUAGAAAUCUCAUCAGAAGUUUCCAAUUUCGAGGAAAAAACAUCUCUCACCAAUCUAGAAGAAAAACCAGUUAUUUCAACUAGUGACGGAAAAUCUGUUACAACAGAAGUUAUAAGGCAAGAGGAGAAAACAUCUGUCUUAUCAGAAGUUUCUGCUGAAAAGAAAGAGCUUGUUGCCACAGGUGAACUCCAAAUCUGUAAAAAAGAAGCUCCUGUUAUAUCAGAAGGUCUUAGUAGUGAGAGAGAACCAUCAGUGACAUCCGAACUCUCCAGCACUAAACCAACUCUUCCGGGUAAAGUUCUCAGUCAGGAUAAAAAAACCAUCAUCGCAUGUGAAGUUUCUAGUAAUCGGAAAGAAUUACUCCCCACAACUGACAUUUCCAGUGGUGAAAAAGGAAUCGCAUCAGAAGUUCUUAAGAGUGAGAAAGAGCCAUCUGUAUCCUCUAAAGUUCUCAGUAGUGAGAGAGAACCAUCUGCAACAACAGAAUUUCUCACAAAAGAGGAAAAACCAAUACACACACCUGAAGUUCCCAGUGUUGAGAGAAAACCAUCUGAAACCUUUAAAACUUCAAGUAACAAGGAAGAACCAGCUGACGCACUUGAAUUUUCCAGUAACGAGAAAGAACUGAGUAGAACUGAAGCUCCAAGUAAUGAGAAGGAAUUAGCUGCAACAAUUGAAACUCCUAUUAGUGUACAAGAAUUAUUUGCAAAAUCUAAAGUAGACACCGGUGAGAAAGAACCAUCUGUAAAUUUGCAAGAUUCCCCAAGUGAGAAAGAACCAGCUGUAAAAUCUAUAGCCUUUGCUAGUGAGAAAGAACCAGUACAACUGCAAGACUCCUCAAGUAAGAAAGAACCAGUUGUAGAAUCGAAAGUGCCACUGGAGAAAGAACCAUCAUUAAUAUCUGAAGCCUCUACUAGUGAGAAAGAAUCAGUGGUACAGGUACAAAAAUCCCCAAGUGAGAAAGAACCAGCUGUAGACUCGAAAGCUGCCACUAGUGAGAAAGAACCAUCGUCAAAAUCUGAAGCCUCUACUAGGGAGAAAGAACCAGCUGUAGAAUUGAAAGCUGCCACUAGUGAGAUAGAACCAUCAUUAAUAUCUGAAGCCUCUACUAGUGAGAAAGAAUUGGUUAUAAAGGUACAAGAAUCCCCAACAAAGAAAGAACCAGCUGUAGAAUCAAAAGCUGAUAAGAAAGAACCUGUGACUAAGAAAGAACCAAGUGUCACAUCAGAAGGUCCUUGUAGUGAGAGAGAACCACAGGCAGUAAUCACAUCUGAGAACGAUCCAAAAGAACUUCCUACUGAUAAGAACAAACCAACUGCAACUUGUAAAACAUUCAACACUAAGGAAGAAUCAGUUGAAGAUUGUAAAAAGAAAGAACAACCUGUAAUUGACUUAGUAAGUAGUGAGAAGGAUUCGGCUGAAACAACUGAAGCUCCCAUUAGUGAGCAAAAACCAGCUGUGAAAUUAGAAGCUUCAGAAAACCAGAAACAACCAGCUGUAGAAUCAAAAGCUGAUAGUGAAAAAGAACCAGUGACUAAGAAAGAAGCUGCUUUGGCAUCAGAAGUUUCCAGUAGUGAGAAAGAGCCACUUCCUGUGAAGACAUCUGAGAAAGAAUCGGAGGUCACAGGUGAAGUUGCAAUCUGUCCACCUCCAGACUCUCAAAUUAGUUUAACAGAAGCUAAAACAUCUAGCAUUGUUCUUAGUGUAAAGGCUGAAAGUGCAAAGGAAUCAAAGGAACCACAAGAAGUACCAGGAGCAGAGACAGACCUUGCAAAAACCAGUGUUGAGGAAUUAAUACCUGAGGAAGUCUGUUCUGAGAGUGGUGCUGAACCUUUAUCUCCGGAAAGAAAAAGUCAAACUGCUUCAGAAGGUUUGCCCCUCCCACCUGUCCUCAGCCAUUUGAACCAGCCUUUUAAAGCUCCAGUAAACGAGACCAAGUCUUUUUUAGAACCACAGGUUUCAGGUGAUUCCAUACAGUCUGACUUGCAAGAUAAAACUUCAGUUUGCCACAAACGUGUAUCAGGUGAGCAAGGAUUAGCAUCACAAGAGGAAGGUUCAUCUGUUGUGGUUGUAGAUAAUCAUAAAGAAGAGGAAUCAAAGGAAGACCCAGUAGAGUGUCACAAAGAGCUCUCUAUCAAAGUAGGCCUAUCAUCACAAGACCUGAAAACUUUAAAUAACCUCAAAGAUCCUAACACAGAAUCAAAGGUUCCAAAUUGCCAGAGAGUCCUAUCCUCCAGCCAGGGAGACUUGUUUUGUGGUACAGAGAAGUUAAAAGUCCAAGAAAAAACACUUGGUAAGUCUACAGCUAGGCAAGGUAAGCAGCAGAUUUUAGCAGUAGAUUUACUUGCUUCAAAGACAGUUGAAAAACAGCAAACUGAGUCCGAAGUUUCAUGGCUAGGGAGUGCUGAGGAGGAUUCUCCCGAAAAUACCGAGGCAUCCAAAGCAUUAGAAUCAAAACUUUCUAAGGAAGUAACCUGUGUGAAAGAAGACUUCUGUAAAGAAUCAGGUGCAGAAGAAGGCCUAUCUCAUAUUGAAAAAGUACAAGCUCUAAAGUCUGUUACUGAUAGGAGCCCAGAAAUCGAACUUGGUAGCAGUUCUGUCUCUAUUUCAAAACAAACAGAGUGUAAAGACCUACCUUCACCAUUAGAAGAUAAAUUAGGAAAAGGAGAUACUCCUGUCUUGAAACCAAGUCCAGUGGAGAAAGAGUGUCUCAAUUUCUAUGAGGAUAUUACAAUUCAAGAGAGUUCAUUAUCAUCUAAGAAGAGUGAAUCUCAAGAGGACAAACCUAAUAAUUCAGUCACAGAAGAGAAAGUAUUAUCUUUGAAGAGUGAAAGUGUUGAUUUCAGUUCCUCAGAAAAGAGUCAAGCCACUUUGACUCAAGAGAAAGACAGUAGUGAGCCAAAGGACUUGUGUCCAAAAGACAAAAAGUCACUUGAUUCUGAAAUCCAAAAUCCUGUUGUAGAAGAACAAUCAAAGGCUGUACCUGCUGAGCAGCAGAACUCCCAGUUUGACAGUAGAUUAUUAACGGUUUUUCCUGAAACAUCGAAACAGAAGGAUCAAGAUCACAUAUCUUCCCUCACAGCUACCACAACUCUUGGUAAAGUCAGGAAACCCGAGAGUGAUUCAGUAUCAUCACAUCCUCCAGAUAUUUGCAAAGAUAAAAGUUAUCCAAAUACUAAAGUUAAACUUCUAGAACAAGAACAGUUUGGUAAUCCCUUGGAAUUAAAUACUGAUUUAAGAGUAGAUAAUCUACAUUUAUCUAAAAGUACAGUGUAUGAUCAGAAAGACUAUAACUGUUCUCUCAGUUUUGUUAAGAACACAACUGAAAGUAUUACAAAGAAGUUAGACACUCCAUUGAAUGACACAGCAACUUCUGAGUCUAAAUCUUUGAGUGUAUCAGCAGCACCAUCUUAUCAGACUGAUUGUACAAGUGGAAACUCUCCCAGUGUUCCCAUAUCAGAACCCAAUCCCUUUGUCAAGAGGACAGAUACACCAGACUGUGUCGUUAACUCGCGUGCAUUAGAUAAGAAAGGGCGCUUGACUUCAAAAGAUACAUCAUCUGGUGAUCCAUACCUAGCAUCAAAACCGGUAUCUGAAGAUCCUAAAAAACAAAAAGAUCUGGUGGAAAGGGAUGAGGCAACUCUUGCAGAUUUAGUAAGGAGAAGGAUCAGUGAACAAGUUGAGGAAACAGACCCUGAAUCUGAGGAGCAGACAUUGGGAACUGGAAGUGAUUCCGACUCAUCAGCGUCAAAUAGUGAGAAGAUGGCUCGCAGAAGAAAGAUAGAGGCCACUGCUGAUGCUGAGCUGGAAACAAGCUCCCGCAGCUCAAGGAGAAGCAAGAGGGUGAGUGAGGCAGCAGCAGCAGCAGCUGAAGAGAACAGCACUGACAGCCCUCAGGAGGCAGAAGAAAUGCAGCGGAUGUCACAGAGCAGCUCUCGAAGCCUGAGCAAGAAGGAUAGCAGUAAUGGUGAUGUGCAGGAGGAGGAGACUACCAGAGUAAGCCGUUCCCGGCGCAGCUCCAGGAGCAGAAGUGUGGACAAGGACAAGGUGGCUGACAGUGAAGCAGCAAAAACUAGAGGCCGGCAUGCGCGAAGUGAGAGCAUAGAGCAGGAGGAGCAAGAGGAGCAGGAGCAGGCAGUGACCACAACCAGGAGGAGGAGGAAAAGUGGCAGUGUAGAGAAGGAUGCUCCCAAGACCCCCCUGAGGAGGUCACGCCGCAUGUCACGAGGUGGAAGCACAGAACCAGAGGAAGUGGAAGAUUCAGCUGAGGCAAAAUUGGUUGAUGGUGCACCCAAGAAAUUGGAAGACAUCCAGGAGUUGAAUGAAAGCUGUAGCGACACACCAAAAAAAUCAGCUGAGGCCAAGGAGCCAUGUGAGAAUUCAAGGGUGGAGUCACCAGUGAAGGAAGAAAAUGAAGUGUCCACCAAGGAUGGUGUAGGUAAAGCGCCGAACACAAAACCCAAACGAGACUCAAAGGAGAAGGAAGAAGGUGCUGAGGCAUCAGAGAAAAAUGAUGCCAAUACUAAAGAGGCAGAAGAAGCUUCUGCAGAAGAAUCUCCCAAGAAGCCACAAGAUGACUCCCUCAGUAAAUCAAGUGAGAAAUCACCAAGGAAACACAGAGAAGAAUCCUCCAGCAAAGACAGAGACGAGAGCUCUGAAGAAGAAGCAUCAGGGGAAGGCCCAUCACCCCGGGAAAGAAGCUUGAGAGAGUCGGAUGAUCACAUUAGGAAGAGAAGCCUCAGUGGUAGGAGUGGUAAUGAGGAGGAGGAAGAAGUUGAAGAGGAUAGCAAAAAUUCCACAAACGACAAGAAGGAAAGCUCAAUGUCUCGGCCCCGGCUGCAGAGGAACGAAAUCAAAAUGCUGGAGGUAAAGGCUGAGCAACCAGAGAAGAGCCGCAAGGACAGGUCGCGCUCCAGCAGCAGAUCAUCUAAUAGCCCUUCAAGAUCUCCCUCACCAAAGAAGGCUAAGCAGGAACAGCCCAAGCUGAACAGCCGUAGAGACUCGGUGAGUGGUGAUGAGAAGGAUGACAGAAGACGCAGCACUGACAAACGGCGAGACUCCUCAAGCAGGAGCAGACGUGAUUCUGAGACUUCCAAGGAUGCAUCGAGACCAAAGCUUAACAGGAACGAGGUGAAGGUUGCAGAGGCAAAGGCGGGCAAGAUGGAGAGGAAGAGCAGGAAAGAUCGCUCACCCUCAGAAAGCAGGUCAUCCAGCGACUCUUCCCGGUCCCCUGCCCACAAGAAGCACAAGAAACGCUCCUCUUCAUCCUCUUCCUCAAGUUCCUCUAGCAACUCCUCCCGCUCAAGAUCAGGCUCUGGCCACCGCAAGAGAUUUGGCAGUGCGAGCAAGAAGAAGCCAGAAGUUGAUUCAUCAAGGUCUUCCCCGAGCAAGCGGCAAUUCCUUGCUUCCCCUGACCGUUCCAGAGCAAAGGAUAAUGGUGAGGAUCCCAAGGGACGACAUGGACCCGUUGUGCCAGAGAAGAGGAGUCGCCAUUCACGCUCUCGGUCAAGAUCUCCCAAAACCAAGACCCAUAAGCAAGAUGGAAACUCCUAUGAAUCCAAAAAAGACAGCAAAUCAUGGUCUGACAGCAGGAAAGACAGCCAAAACUCUGACAGGAGACAACAAGAGGAGGAGGAGAAGGAGAACAAGGAAACAAAGCCUAUGAUAGAUUAUUCCUCUUUCAAGUCAGUGAGGAAAGUAAGCUUAUCUCGGGGCAAGUCAAAGGAUGAAGAAGCUGAAAAAGACACAGACAAGCCAAAGAAGAGGAAGUGGGGUAAUUCAUCCUCAAGGAAAAUGUCAGUUGAUAUUUCCUCAGCUUCCCUUAAGACCAUUAUCCCUGAUGUGAAGCCCCUCCUGCCCUCCGAACUGCACAUGGGUGAAGACUCAGAACCUGAGUCUGGAGAGGCAAGUGAUGCUGAGGGACCUGAACCGCCCCCCAGCCUGGGUCAGGAGGCCAAGGAAGAGCUAAUGGAAGAGGGCGAGGAGGCCAGACCCAGGCGUGAGGUGCGGGAGGUGUCCCCAGUGGCAGUCAAACAGAGAAAGCGAUCCAAGUCGCCUGAGGAGAAAGCCAUGAGGAAGAUCAGGAUGUACGAAGGGCCUCCGGUAAGCAAGCCAGCCGUUCCCCCUGCACGAAACCCACCUUCCAGAGUAGUGUUCAUUCAGCACCUAGUCCGGCCCUUCACCAUCAACCAGCUGCGCGAGUUGCUGCAGAGAACUGGUCGAUUAGUGGAUAAUGGUUUUUGGAUUGACAACAUCAAGUCCAAGUGCUUGGCAAUGUAUGAGAAUGAGGAUCAAGCUCAAGAAACCCGUGUUGCUCUGCAUGGUGUUAAAUGGCCAAUGUCAAACCCAAAGAAUUUGUUUGUUGAUUUUGCCACUGAGGAGGAGAUGAAAAAGAGAAUGGAGGAGAACGCCCCUCCUCCCCAGAAGGCCAUAGAAGAGAAACGAGAUGAUAAAUGGAAACGUGAAGGGCCAGUGCGCGAGUGGGACUUGGCGAAGAUUGGAGAGCGCUCGCCCGGGGAGAGGGAGCGGGAACGCGAGAGGCUGAGAAGAGAGAGGGAGGAAGAGAGAAUGAGAGAACGCCGCAAGAGCCAGAGUCCAAGCGGGGCUGAAGGUGAAAAACAGAAAAAGAAACCAGAGGAACCUCCUGCCAAGCUGCUGGACGAUUUGUUCCGCAAAACCAAGGCACAGCCGGCUAUAUACUGGCUGCCGCUGACCACCGAACAGAUUGCCGAGAAGGAGGCGCAGCGACGCCAGAAGAUGGCCGAGGUGGAGCGCCUUCAGGCAGAGAUGAAAGCAGCCAAGGAGAAGGAGAACGAAGAAUGGGAGAAAAUCCGAGCGGAGAGAAAGAAGGAGCGUGAAAAGGCGGAGAAGGAGAGGGAGCGGGAGAAAGCGGAGAAGGAGAGAGAGCGGGAGAGAGAGAAAGAGAAGGAGAAGAACGCUCGCAAGUCCCGCUCGAGGUCGAGGUCCCGGAGGAGGAGCCGUUCCUCGAGGAGGUCGCCGCGGAGGUCCCCGAGGAGGUCGCCCCGCAGGUCCCCCAGAAGGUCACCCAGACGCUCUCCCAAAAGGUCACCGAGAAGGUCGGCAGGGAAGUCUCCUCGAAGAUCACCGCAACGUUCCCGGCGGUCCGCCAGCAGGGAGUCGCGACGAUCUCGCCGGAGGAGCCGCAGCCGUUCAAGAUCCCGCACUUGAUUCCAUGAGGGCAUUUUGAUGAGGGGAGCUCACAACCAUGUGAAGGAAACAUGAAAGAGAGAGAGAGAGCUUGCAAAAACAUGUAAACAAAUCCAUAUGCAACAAGAGGAGGAGGAGGACAAGCUACCACUACAACUGAUUGCUGGGUCCCACUGGCCCACACCUUCCUAGAAGCAGUACUGUACUAAAACAAAAGAAGCUUCAACACGCCAGCCUCGACGCACCAGUCCUCUACCACCUACAAGGUUAUUGUUACACAUGUGUGCUACCUCCCCCUCCUCACCUCACGCCUCUCAGAUCCUUCUUGCAUCCUUCAGACUUUCAUCACUUCCCUCCCCCCACCACCACCUCAUCCCCCCUUUUCUGCAGGUUUUCACCACGCAGUGCUCUUCUGGUGUUAGGAUUAGGUUUAUUUAUGCUGUCCAAGGUUUGAUUGAGAGAUUCUGAAGUGAGUCAAGAAUAAGUAGAAGAAUGUCUAGAAGAUAUUCUGAUUUUUUUUAAGAGCCGACUUCUCUAAUUUUCUUUGUCUGUGUUUGCAAUGCAUUCACAUCAUUGCUUUGUACCAAAUGGUAAGUAUUUAAUUUCGUUCAUUUUGCCUUGAAUAGUCAUUAGAUUAGCUUAAGAGUAGGUGAAGCUUAUUUUUAUUUUAUUUACAUAUCAGAAGAGCAUUGGGUGGUAAGGGAAGUGUUGAAAGCGUUAUGGGUGACGAGAGAGCUCCUGCGCUGUGAGAUUCACCGAUGACACGUCAGGGUACCAGCGGGAACUACGAUGAUCACCAGUACUGACCAGCGUUUGUCCUAUAGCUUCCUCAUGGAAUGCCGUUCGCGAAGCUGUACAGCUUUUCAAAAUGCCUCAGGAGGCCCAAAUUAGUGACCAAAUUAAUAAUGGACUGUACCUGUGGGUACUCUAAAACAUGAAUUGACAAGUUGAAGUGUUUUAUCCCUCUUGCGGAUCACGAUGAAGAGACAACACAGCAAUGAUGAAAUCAAGGCUUGUGAAUGGCUUGAAGUGAAACGGUGAUAGUGUAUCGUUGAAGUGUGACCGAGUUAUUUAAAGAUGCAGACAAAAAGUGAUAUAGAAAAUCUGGGUUUACCGACUUGUAUCAAUUAAUUAUUGCACUUGAUCAUGGGAGAACAUAUCCAAGCACCAAGUGCCUGGAACAAACAGUGAUGCAGUGCCGUGCAUUGGUGACUGACUGAAGGGUAAACGACCCUCUCCCCUCUGAUUGUAUGGAGUACAAAAAAUUUUAGUGAUGUGUAAACCCAGGUGGAUAAGGAGAUGGACAUCUGUGGAGACGCAUGAUGCUCUCCAAGUGUGUGAACCACAUAUAAAGUUAACACGUGCUGAUUUAUGUAGGUCUACGGAUAUAUACAUUACACAGAUAAAACUUUUCAGUUUAGAGUAUUUUGAUGUUACAUUUUCAAGUGAAUUUAUGCACUUUAGGUUUUUAUUGUUUGAGAGAGAUCUAAAGAUUUCUUCAGUUGUGAUGACUUGUGGAUGAUUGUUUAUAAUGGAAUAAAGUAACACCCUUAC